AUGUCGUCUGCAACAGCGCCAGAUUGGCUGAACAAUGGCGAUAACGCCUGGCAGCUCACAGCGGCAACUCUGGUCGCACUCCAGAGUAUCCCCGGCCUCGUUGCGAUCUAUGCAGGAAUUGUGAAACAGAAAUGGGCCAUUAAUUCGGCAUUCAUGGCAUUCUACGCUUUUGCUGCCGUCCUUAUCUGCUGGGUCGUGUGGGCAUACAAAAUGGCCUUUGGAAAGCAAUGGGGUGCAGCGCCGUUCGUGGGCACACCAGGCCCGGUCGUUACGAUGAAGUAUGAACUGCAACAUGCUGUGCUACCAGCAGCUGGCGUCUCUGCGGCAUAUCCACUGUCGACGAUGAUCUAUUUCCAAUUUGUAUUCGCUGCCAUCACCAUGGUCAUCAUAGCGGGCUCGUUCCUCGGACGGAUGAACUUCUCGGCGUGGAUGGUCUUCGUUCCGCUAUGGCUCACUUUUUCCUAUGUGGUGGGAGCGUUUAGUAUUUGGGGAGGUGGUUUCUUAUACACCAGAGGCGUGAUCGAUUAUUCCGGUGGUUAUGUUAUCCAUCUCUCGUCUGGAACAGCAGGGUUCGUCGGUGCAGCUGUCAUCGGUCCACGACUCAAAGCAGACCGGGAAGAUACUCGACCUAAUAAUAUUCUGCUGGUCUUGGUAGGCGCGGGUAUUCUCUGGAUGGGAUGGAAUGGUUUCAAUGGAGGUGAUCCAUAUACCGCCAGUCCCGAUGCCGGAGCUGCAGUGCUAAACACAAAUAUUGCAACUGCAAUGAGCACAUUGGUCUGGACAAUCUUGGACCUGAUAUUCUUCAGGAAACCCGCAGUGAUAGGCGCCGUUCAAGGCAUGAUCACGGGGUUAGUUGCUAUUACACCCGCAGCAGGUGUCGUUGCAGGUUGGGGAGCUGUCAUUAUCGGUUCGUUAUCUGGAAGCGUACCAUGGCUCUCAAUGAACGUUAUGGGAAAGAAAGUCGCCUUGUUCCGAUGGGUCGAUGACACUCUAGGAGUCUUCCACACGCACGCCGUGGCAGGCGUCCUGGGUGGCUUCCUUGUUGGCCUCUUCGCGACCAAAGAAGGCUGCGAGGCAUUCGCUCUCAAGACACCGGGAGGUGCCAUUGAAGGACAUGGCAGACAGGUCUGGCUGCAAAUCGUCGGCGCGCUGUUCAUCAUCGGCUUGAACUUGUUCAUGACUCCGUUGAUAUUAUACUUCAUCAAAUACGUCCUACGUAUUCCGCUGCGUAUGCCGGAAGAGGUGCUUCUCAUCGGUGACGACGCUAUACACGGCGAAGAAGCAUAUGGAUUUGCCUUGGAUACUACCCGUGGGCCUAUUUCGGGUGACCCGGAAAUCGGUCCCUUUACUGGUCACAGUCCCCCUCGAUCGACUCCGCCGCUGUCGACUGGGGGCGUAUCAGAGAAUAAACACGAAAUUCCCGCAGCACGAAAAGCCGAUUAGUCAAAAGUCAUAGGCAGUUGGCGGUGGACGAGUUGAAGGGGUCAUCGACAAUCGUCGCAUCCGGAACAUCGCGAACAUCGCGAACAUGACACAGCAUAUCUCAUCGUUCUCUUCUCUAUUGCAUGUAACAUGAAAUUUUAUGCUUUGGGAUCCACAGUGUGCGUUAUGAAGACGUGCUGAUAAAUAUCUAAUAAUAAUAAUAAUGUGCGUAGAU